UCGUCACCGAAGUCGUGCUUUGUCUGUCUAUUUUGUGCAAAUUCGAUUUGUUUGGAGGGGUUAGGUGUAAAAAUAAAGCGGCAUUGUCGGCGAAAGUAUGUAUUACUUUUGUAUAAAAUGUAAUGUUCGGUGGGGCUAAUUGUAAAGUUGGACACCGUUUCGGGCGGCGAGGAAACCAAACCACGUGACCGGGAGAAAUAAAGCAUGCGAUCCUUUAUUGCCGAGUAGAUCGCCGACUCUUUGCCCCCUCCAUGAUCGCCGGUUGGCGCGAUGCCGAACCCGUGGAAGAAGUUCCGGGCGGGCGGUGGCGGCGGCGGGGGCGGCGGAGUGUCCCGGCUCCUCGCCGAACUCCGGCCUCCCGAGCGAGGAGGCUCGCUCGUCGUCCAGACCGGCUUCCCGACCUCCCUCGCCGACCUCGUCGUCAAGAACCGCGGCCGCUUGAAGAAGCCCUCGCGGAAGAAGAAGCUGCCUCCGUCCGACCUCGACUCCUCCGCUUCUGGUCCCGUCGCAACCCCCGUCGUAGCGACACCGUCGGACGAUGGAGCUCGACCCGGCGCCGCCUUUGUAAACCGCCCCGUUCCGGUGACUGAGGAUGGCUGCUCGUCGUCGCUCAUUUCUACUGAGACGGAUAGGAAGAGGUUAAAGACAGGGUUGGGGUUUCUUUUGGCAAUGAUGUCGGUUUUGGUGCUUCUGGCUAUCGAAAGAAAGAAGCUUGUCGUGGGGAUCACAGUCUCCGCCUUUGCACUUCGGCUGCUUGAUUCCAUGAGCUUUCGAAUGCUUGGAUUCUUGAAGCCGUGUCCGGAGGCACAGAGCAGAUUGAAUUCGGUCGGCGUCGGGGGAUGGGAUUUAGAAGGGAGAGGAGUGGUCUCCCCUAUUAGGGAAGUUGGCAUCAGUAGCUCUUCGGAUACAGUAAGAUCAGAAAGGAACUCGGUGGAAUCGAUUGAUUUGGAUCCGAGGAGGGAGGCUUUGUUGGAAAGGAGGGAUCUUGUCGGAGCUGGGAAGGCUUGCCAUGAGCAUGAUCAUCGUUCGAAGGGUAAUUCGAAGGUGAAGAAGCUUUUCAGGAAGUUCGUCCCGAAGAAAUUUCGCCGACGAAGUGACAAGAAGAACGCGGAAGAGCUGAUUUCUGAUAUGAGUAGAAGAGGAGCCUCUGAUGGCAUUACAGAAAUAGAAGAAGAAGAAGCAGUCAAUGGAGAUGAUGAUAGUGAUGCAGUGCUCGGUAGUGGAGAUGUUCUAAGCAUCAAUGCCUUCAACAAGGUGACUGAUCAUGAUAGAAAGGAUGUGGAAUUUAGUCGAGAAAACUUGUGUGAAUCUAAAUCAGGGAGCUCGCAUCAAUUGUGUUUUUGUGCAGUUGUCCUUUUGGGACUUCUGGGUGGCAAGAGUGUAGCCCUUGUUCUAACCGUGUCAUGGUUUCUAUUUCACAAGUCAAUCAAGACCCUGUGGAGGAAAGGAACGGAUUUGUUUGUUUGAUUGUACAAAAAAAUUUUUGGUUUCCCAAGUGAUGGAGCUUUUUGUGUAUCGCCUUACUCCGGAUGUUCGUGUUGGUCGUUCGAGUAAGUGAACAAAUAUAUGGUAAAGGAGAAAUGAAAUUAUAGA